GCGGGAAAAUCCUCCGGUGAAUUCUUUUUAAAAAUGAAAGAAAAAAAAUGUCAUUGAAAGCAGUUUCUUUACAUAAUAUCCCUGGUGGUACACCUUUAAAGGAUUUUGUAAACUUCCAGGUGAAUUGUACUUUCGAUUCAGCUAAAAUUCCUCCUUCAAUGGUUCUUACUUGCCAAAAUGUUUGUUCGGGCAAAGAGAUUGAAGGAAUAAAUGUUUUCCAGUCCACUUUAAUGUCUGGCAAAAUGCAUACAAAAAAGUUCGUUGACAUCAGUGAAAUUAAAACAUCAUCUGAAGGAAUCCUGGGACUGAUUUCUUCAUGUCAGAAAACUAAGCCACUGACAAGGAGUGUCAUUCAAAAACGUAAAGCUUGUGAGGCAUUACCCUUUGAAUCUCCAGCAAAAAUCUUCUCAAAAAUGAAACAAAAAGCAGCUCUUGUCAAAGAAAAAAACAAGCCUUCAGAAGCUAAAUUGUUGGACUCAAGGUGUACCGCAGAUUAUAUUCUUACUCCUGAAAGGCAACCUGCCUUUCUACAAAGAUCAGAAAAAAUACCUAUACAUGAAUAUAAACAAAAGACAAAGGUGGAUGAGGAUUUUCAUGAAGAAUCCAAUGUAAAAACAGAAUCCCACAAGUUCUUCUCCCGUGUAAAACAGAGGUUGCAGGAGGAUUGGUCACAGAAAGCAAAGCAACCUUUAGUCACAUCCUGCCCAACCAAAAAACUUAAUAAUUGUAAUGAAGAAUGCCUAAAUACUACUGUUACCCAGAAAGAGAAGAUUAUUGUGGAACCUGCUGAAUUGGCCAUUGAGACUUUUACCAUAAUAUCUAAUCCUCUGAUUGUGAGUGAUGAUCAUAUUAACUCUAGAGAAUUCUUGAGGGAAGAAGCAUCCAGAAAAUUUCCUCAAGAAAAAGCAGCGGUGACUCCAUCCAAAAACAUAUAUGGCCAAAAAGCAGGAGAAAAUGUAAGUGUUUCGCCACAGAAACCUUCCCAACAUCUGUGUGAUACAAUUUUUGCUACUCCAAAAGUCCAUAUACCAAGGAAACGACAGCAUGAUACCAAGGUGCUCUUGGAUGAACCUGAUACAGGCACAAAUAAAAAGUUCUCAAAAGAAAAACAGAUGAUAUGUAUGAAUCAAUGGAGAAUCAGGGUGAUCAAUAACAAUGCUGAUGUGUGUCUGGAAGGAAAACGGAGGCAAGUGACUGCUUUUCAGUUUUGUUCAAAUAUGUCUACAUGGUUUUUAAUCACUGUCAUGGAUGGUCCUUACAUUUAG